AUGGCACACAAGGCGGGGUAUAAGCUCUCGACAGAGCAAGUCGAUCAUUUCAUGCGGUUUGGAUAUCUGCGCCUGACCGACUGCUUCUCCCGGGAAAAAGCUGCACAAUGGACGGGAGAUGUGUGGACCAGACUCGGCUACUCGCCCACAGACAAGUCAACGUGGGCGUGCGAACGCAUCAACAUGCCUCAACACAAAGAAGAGCCGGUGAAGACGUUCGCUCCAAAGGCUUGGGCGGCCAUCUGCGAGCUCCUCGGCGGCGAAGACAGCGUGGCAAAAGACUCGGCCACCUGGAAUGAUGCACUGAUCGUCAAUCUGGGGACAGACGAGUGGGAAGGCCGUUGGCCCGAGCCUGCUGAUCUGCCGGGAUGGCAUGUUGAUGGGGAUUUCUUCAUUCACUUCCUGGACUCGCCCGAGCAAGCGUUGUUGGUCAUUCCCAUCUUCAACGAUAUCCAGGAUCAUGCGGGCGGUACUAUGGUCUGCCCCGACGCGAUCAAAAGGAUGGCACAAUACCUAUACGAGCACCCCGAGGGAGUAUCACCAUACAUGGUUCCUCGUGGCGGAAAGCCCCCGCCCACAAAGCGAGGGUUCUACUCUGACAUUGUCCACGAGUGUCAUGAGUUUCACGAGAUGACCGGCAGAACCGGCGAUGUAAUUCUUCUACAUCCGCUGAUGGUUCAUUCAGCUUCGAUAAACAGCCUGAGGGUUCCCCGGAUGAUCACCAACCCACCGGUGUCGUUGAAGAAGCCUUUCGAUUUCGACCGCAGAAACCCAAAUAAUUACAGUAUCGUGGAGCGAAAGACACUCCGAGAUCUUGGAAAAGACCGACUGUCUGGCUGGAAAAUCAAAGGUAAAAGGGAGUUUGUUGUGCCCGAGAGGGUGAAAAAGCAAGAGGAGAUGAAUAAGCUUGAGCUUGAGAGAUUGCAGAAAGGUUCUUGA